UCCACUCAGACCUUUCCUCAAUUAUUUUUCGGAGAAAGUACUAUAUGAUAAUCAUUUCAAGGAAAGAAGGGUGAAAAUGCCAACCACACAUUCACACAAUCAUCCUCAAAACACACUCUUUUAGUUAUUAAGUAAGCUGUACAGCAAAAUAAUAUCCCCAGCAACGAAAUGUCAAUUGAAUUUCACUGGGGCAGCUCAAAAUAAAUAAACAAUAAUGGCUACAAAGGAGGAGGAGAGCAAGGAGCAGGAGCUGGUUAAAACCUUGACAAAUCAUGCAGCAGAGGAGGAGGACCGAAGCUUAAAGGCCACGGAGGCAUUAGAUCAGGAGGAGUCGGAGCAGCAGAACACCAUAACUGUAGAGACAGUGUGGGUAAAACUUGGUAAAAUAAUUCAUGGAGAAAGCAUCUUUCUUGUAGGUGUACAUCUUAGCUAUUAUAUAGCAGAUUUCCAGUUUAAGGGGUUGAUCUCAACGUUAACUAGUGAUGAUAUGAAGAUGAUUUUGUUUCUAGCGGUCCUAAUAACAAAUGUCCAAGAAGGAGCAAAACCACUGUUGGUGAUUCUUGUUGUUUGGCUUGCAGACGCUUAUCUUGGCGACUGCUUCACUCUCAUAAUUUCAUCUAUAACGUACAUUAUUGGGAUGGCGAUGUGGUACUCUGCCUUGUUUUUUAUUGAGCCCAAUGACGGUGCAUAUUUUUGGGGAUUCUUAAUUGUGGGACUAUUGUUGAUAAUAGUAGGGCAAUGUGGUUAUGACAAUUACACCAAAGAAAAAAUUGCUGUUAGGAAGAUUGAAUUGAAGAUGGCGAAUAAUGAAGAAGAUAAAGGCAAUAAUGUAGAGGAAGGUGCAAACAGCAACCAUGAUCAAGACGGCGAAGAACAACAAUUAAGAAGCCAAGAUGGUAAGGGUCAACUUGCUUCAUUAUUCAACAAAAGAACAAAACAAGCAUUGAAGAAACUUGUCAUAUUACUCAAAAACAAUUGGAUCCAAAUAUUAGGAUUCUUUAUUGCAGUGUUUGUAUUUCCAGAAAAGAAUAUAGGAAUGAUCACCUUAAUUAGUAUGAUGUUUGCAAGUUCUUUUAUAUUCUUAAUGGGAAAGCUGUUUUUCUAUCCUUGGAAGAAGCCUACGGGAAGCCCAAUUUCUGCAAUUUUUGCGGUCUUGUGGAUUGCAUUCAAGAAAAGGCAUGAUGACAGUGGGACAGAAACAUACAGUGGAGAUAAUCAAGAGAUUAGUACAAAUGGCCAUAAAGACAACCAGAUUUGUUCAAAUCGAUUUGGGUGCCUCAAUAGAGCAGCAAUGUAUGAUCCAACAUCUGUAGAGAAUCCUAAAGUCGAAUUUGAGAAGAAGAGACUAUGCAAGGUCCAGCAAGUGAAAGACACAAAAAGUUUCAUAGGAUGUAUUUGCUUGUCAUUAUCGGUGUUCUUGACAUAUGGUGUGAUGACUGCUGUAGCGGAUACAUUCUUCCUUGAGCAAGCAGAUAAGAUGGAUACACAAAUUGGCAGUUUUGAUGUGCCCAUCCAGCUAUUCGUAUAUUCUUCAAGUGCUAUUGAAAAGUUGGUGAGCAGUAUUUGUAAGUGGAUAUUGAAUAAAAAAGAAGAGGCACCACAAAGAAGAUUUCACGGUGCAUUACGAGUGGGUUUUGGGAUGCUACUUUCAAUCCCUUGUUUUGUCAUCGCAGCUGUAGUCGAGGAUAGAAAAACCUCGGUUUUGUGGCUCACUCCCCAGCUGAUUUUGGUUGCAAUUAUGGAUGGGAUUGUUGUUGAUGGAAUAAAGGACUUUUUUAAGCGGGAAAUGCCUGAAUUGGUUGGUAAAUCAUAUGGUAGCAUACUCGCUGAAGGUGUUGUUGGCUUGGGGAAGCUACUCAGCAUAGUGUGGUUUUGCUUGUGGUACUUUGCUACAGAUUGGUUUGCUGAAGAUAUACAGGGAAGUCAUCUUCAUAAAUACUAUGCAGUUAUGGCCAUAUUUGCGUUAUGCAGUUGCAUUUUGUAUGUCUUGGUUGCAUCUGUGCACUUCAUCACUCAAUCACAACCAUCACAAGAGAAGCCUUCUGAUUUGAUAGGCGACUUGCCCUUUCAAAAACAAAGGAUUUUACUGCCUAGUGAGUCGUUGCGACAUCGCCCUUCUGCAAAAACGACUGUUGGGACUCACUAGUUUAAUUACCUCUAGCAGAUCGAAUUGGUACUACUAUUGAUGUAAUGGUGUGUUUGUUAAUGCAUUCCUUGACUUUGUGUUUCUUUCUCAACAGGCGUCAAGUAUUUACAUUACAUUUGACUCACAUAAAUACGACGAAUAGUUUCUC